CUCUGUGCGGUGAAGCCUGUGCCCGCAAAAGUGAUAAUAGUUUCCUUCUUGACAAAUAAUUGAAAUUUCGUUACCAUACCUUGAGGCAAGAGUAACCUGAUCAGGAUACCACGCGGGAGACACACAUUCAUAACCAUGAGAACAUUCUACGUGAUAGCCAGCAUUCUUAUCGCCGGCGUGGCCGCCCAAGAAUCAUUCAAAUGUCCAGAUGACUUUGGUUUCUAUCCUCAUCAUAUAUCCUGCGACAAGUACUGGAAGUGUGAGAAUAACGUCGCGGAAUUGAAGACUUGCGGGAACGGACUUGCAUUCGACGCGAGCGACAGCAAGUUCCUUACCGAGAAUUGUGACUACCUCCACAAUGUAGACUGCGGCGAGAGGACACAGCUUGAGCCACCGAUUAAUACGCCACAUUGUCCACGUCUUUAUGGUAUUUUCUCCGACGAGAAGAAAUGUGACGUGUUCUGGAACUGCUGGAACGGAGAGGCCUCCAGAUAUCAAUGCAGUCCUGGGCUCGCUUAUGAUCGCGAAGCCAGAGUUUGUAUGUGGGCAGAUCAAGUACCUGAAUGCAAGAACGAAGAGGUCGCAGGAGGUUUCACGUGUCCGGCCGCGGGCGAAGUGAGCGGAGCAUCCGGCAGUUUCAGCAGACACGCCCAUCCCGAGGACUGCAGAAAAUAUUACAUAUGUCUGGAGGGCAUCGCCAGGGAGUACGGCUGUCCGAUCGGCACCGUCUUCAAAAUCGGCGACUCUGACGGUAGCGGAGCUUGCGAGGAUCCGGAAGAUGUUCCUGGAUGUGAGGACUAUUACGGUGACUUGGACUUGAAAAGCAUCAGGAAAAGCGAGCUACUUGCUGGAAUUCAGAAUUCCGGUGAAACUAGAAAGCCUCCUCAGGGUAAACCGAGACCUCCAUCAGCACCAGCAAGGCCCAACACACCCAUUCAAGAAUAAUUUCUAUCUACUCUCCCCUGUUUCCCCUCUUUCGUACCUCUUCAUCUUCUCUACUUCUUCGUUCAUUCUCUCCCUCUUACCGAAAUUCUUUCUCUCGCCCCCUUUUCUCACACACACAUUCGUACACAUGCGAACGCACGAACACACACAUAUACGCACGCACGGACACAUCUAAUCGUAGACUCUCGUGUGAACGAUCCUGAUGUUCGAUACCUAUGUAGCGCCGGAAAGCAAAAGUACUGCUUGGUUACGUUUGUUCUUAACGUUCACGUUUCAGCCAAAUUCUGUAGUUCUAUAUCUAUCCGGUAAUUGCUCCAUAUUCAGCGGUCCGUCUUAGAUCCGGGAUAAAAAUUGCCCUCAGAAU